AUGUGCACUUCUGCCAUUCAGGUUCUAGAGGCAAUUCAGGAAAAUGAUUCUGGGCAUGUUGCCGAGAUUCUCGGCCCUGAAGUAUUGAAGCGCAUGGCCGAGCAAACGAGGCUUGAAGAGCUGUAUCACGGGAGCACCGCAACUAGCGAAGAAGCUGGCGUAGCUUCUUUAGAUAUGGAUGACUUACAGGAAAUCGCUGAGCAACUGGAAAAAAACACAAGGGAUUUGUGCAGGAAAAUGAGAGAGGUGCCUAACAUAGUACAAGAGUUGCGAGCUCUGCAAGAAGCAAAGCCUGUCAACUCCGUGAAGUUUGUGCACGCUUUGGCAGAAAUGCAGGAAGUGAUGCUCAAACGCCUGACAACGGCUGUGGAAGAUGAGAAAGCUAACGAAGACCUCCUGCAAAUGUAUCUUCAGCAGGAGCGGUCAGCAGAAGAGCGCCGUGCCGAUCUAGAGGCACAGUUGGCACAGCUCCGAGCUGAGAGGCAAAAACAUGCAGCUAGGUCAUCAGAAGCAAUUGCUAAACUGAAGUCGGAUCUGCACGACAUCCAAAAUAGCACUGAACAACGCCUAUGGCAGAUGAACGAGGAAUUUGCUAAGCGUGACGCACAACAGACACGCGCUUUUCAACGGAAGACUGGCGACGCAGCUGCUCUUAAAGCCCAGUUAGAAAAGCGUGGGGCCAACCAGGCAGCAGCAGCGCGAGAAGAAAUAGACGCAAGGAUUCGCAACCAAAAGAUAGCUAAACGGGAUCUGGAAAAUGCUGUAAAGGCCCUCGACAAGGACAUCUCUCAGAAGGAGAAAGAAAUUCAAUCAAUGCGGCAGAAGAAUAAGGCUGACGAGGAGUCAUUGGCGUCUCUGACAAAAGCUCUAGAAGCAAUUGACGAGGAGAACGAGAGAAAGGAAAAUGCAUCGCGAAUUUCAAGGGCAGUGUUUGCAAGGGCGGAGGAAGAACGGGCAAAUAAGGCAGCUGCAGCGUGUCUCCUUCAGUCGUACUGGCGUGGAAUCAGCCAGCGCGAAGAGUACGUCGCGCUGAAGAAGGCCGCAUUACGGAAGACUAAGGGAAAAAAGAAAGCCAAAGCCUAA